UUGCCGUUGCUGCUAGCACAUCACCACAUCAGGAUGCUGAGAUCAGAAUGAUGGUAGCAAAGAGUGCUAUAGUUAUCGCAGUUGCUGAUGAUUUUUAUGAUAUGGAAGGCUCUCUUGAUGAUUUGGAAAGAAUCACAGACGCAGUUCAAAGAUGGGAUGCUAAGGGCUUGAGUGGCCACAGUAAGAUUAUCUUUGAUGCCCUUGACAGCCUUGUGAACGAAUUAGCAAGAAAAUACUUCCGGCAACACGGAACCGAUAUAACAAACAGUCUCCGAGAUAUAUGGAGUGAAACAUUUGCUUCCUGGUUUACGGAAGCUAAAUGGAGCAAAAGUGGAUUCAUACCUGCAGCUGAAGAGUAUCUUGAGACUGGCAUGAUCACAUCUAUUGCUUCACACAAUUCAAAAGCUUCAAACCGUAACACAUUUUCUCCAGUGUCUUACAGGGUAGAUUGAGCAAGGCAUGGCUAUUUCUGUAUGCCUAUAUCUCACAGCUGAAUUCGAUCUUCAACAAAAUGAUACGCCCUCAAACAUUUGUGGAGCUGUUUUCUCACAUAAAACAUCUGUAUGUUUUCUGGAGAUCCAUGGUGUGUUCGUCAUCUCUAAAAGUCGUCUUGUUUCCUUGAGAUGUUUUCUCGCAUCCAACAUCUAUAUAAAGGCUAGGCAUCCUUUUUGCUAAUCAAAACCAAGUUGAAAUAUGGCCAUUCAAAGCUACUUGUUGUUGAGCCUCCUGCUGGUUUUUGGCUCUUGUUUUAAUAGCCUAGCUGCUACCCAAGGUGACACAGCUUCAUUCAAUCGCAAGAGCUUUCCUCAAGAUUUUGUUUUUGGGGUAGCAUCAUCGGCAUACCAGUAUGAGGGCGCAGCAUUUGAAGAUGGAAAGGGACCAAGUAUAUGGGAUGAGUACACACAUAAAUUUCCAAGCAAGAUAUCAAAUGGCAGCAAUGGAGAUGUCGCCCUAGAUUCAUAUCAUCGGUACAAGGAGGAUGUUCAGAUUAUAAAAAAAAUGGGCUUUGAUUUCUACAGAUUCUCAAUCUCUUGGCCUAGAAUAUUGCCAAAAGGAAAAAAGUGCGGGGGUGUGAAUCAGAAAGGAAUUAAUUACUACAACAAUCUCAUCAAUGAACUCCUGGCCAAUGGCAUAAAACCAUUUGUCACCCUUUUCCACUGGGAUCUUCCACAGGCUUUAGAAGACGAGUAUGGAGGAUUUUUAAGUGAUAGAAUUGUGAAUGAUUAUCAAGACUAUGCGAAAAUUUGUUUCGAAAAUUUUGGAGAUCGAGUUAAACAUUGGAUCACAUUGAAUGAGCCAACCAUGUUUACCAUGCAAGGCUAUAUUGCGGGCAUGUUCCCACCAGGUAGGUGUUCUGCUUGGAUUGGAAAAAACUGCACCGGUGGAGAUUCAGGAGCAGAACCAUACAUGGUGUCGCACAACCAAAUCCUUGCUCAUGCUGCUGCUGUGAAACUGUACAGGACAAGGUUUCAGGCAAAACAAAAGGGCAAGAUAGGGAUUACAUUACAAACAAAUUGGUUUGUGCCAUUGUCUAAUGCUAAAGAAGACCUUGAGGCUGUCAGCCGAGCCCUCGAUUUCAAUCUUGGAUGGUUUAUGAGUCCAUUAACCAGUGGCGAAUAUCCAAGUUCAAUGAGAUCUCUUGUAGGAGAAAGAUUGCCCAAAUUCUCCAAGAAACAAGCUGGAUCUAUAAAGGGAUCAUUUGAUUUUAUUGGAUUGAAUUAUUAUUCUGCCAAUUAUGUGGCCCAUAAAUCUCAAUCUAAUGAUACACACCGAAGCUAUGAGACAGAUUCCCGUGUUGCUUCCUUCUUUGAACGUGAUGGAAUUCCCAUCGGUCCACAGGCAGGCUCAUUUUGGCUCCUCUUUUACCCAAGUGGACUUCAUGAUCUUUUGGUUUACAUAAAGAAGGCAUACAACGAUCCAGUUAUUUACAUCACCGAGAAUGGUGUUGACGAGACAGAUAACCCAAGAUUGCCCCUAAAGGAAGCCCUCAUUGACAACCAAAGGAUCGAUUAUUUCCAUCAGCAUCUUUCUUUUGUGCAAAAAGCCAUCAAGGAUGGUGUGAAGGUGAAAGGAUAUUUUGCUUGGUCGUUAAUGGAUGGCUUCGAGUGGGUAGUAGGAUACACAUCACGUUUCGGUCUGAAUUAUAUCGAUCAUAAAGAUGGACUCAAAAGACAUCCUAAGCUCUCAGCCCAAUGGUUCACGAAAUUUCUCAAGAAAUAGGCACGUACAUGGCCUCAGUUGAAAUCUCCACUGAUGAAUUGUAUUAAUUGUCUUCACAAGUGAGGCAUGAUGUAAUCCUUCAUUGUGUAUUUUGUUCUUAAAUAAAUCUGAAGUUAUGAGUAAGGAAUUAUUUUCCUUUCUCUUGCUGUUGAUAAUUUAUAUCUGAUCAGUGAAAAUCUCAAGUUGUUGGGCCCUCUCA